ACACACUCUGUCCUCCUCCCUUCAAUUCCAGAGCUUCCACUGGACCUGAGCUCCCUGUCCUCUGCCACUACCUUCCCUGUGCCACGCUCCCAGUGUCACCAUCCUGUUGCUCUCCUGCUGUCACAUCCUUGUGCAGAGCACACGCUGCCAGGAUGGCCACGGUGGACAGAUACCUGCGGCAGCCCUGGAGCAUGGUGCAUGGCAUCCCCAUGGUCUGCGCCUUUGCCCCGAACUGGGAACGGGUGGACAACUUCCAGAGCCGCCCUGAAGACAUUGUGGUGGCCACCUUCCCCAAGUCUGGCACCACCUGGGUCAGUGAGAUUGUGGACAUGAUCCUGCAAGGUGGCGACCCUGAGAAGUGCAAACGGGAUGCCAUCACCAACAGGGUACCUAUGUUGGAAUUUGCUGCCCCUGGGGAGAUGCCAGCAGGAACAGAGGUGCUAGCUACCAUGCCCUCACCCCGUGUGGUCAAGAGCCACCUGCCUGCACAUAUCCUACCCAAAUCCUUCUGGGACAAUGGCUGCAAGAUAAUCUACGUGGGUCGCAAUGCCAAGGAUGUGGCCGUCUCCUUCUACCACUUUGACCUGAUGAACAAGUUUGAACAACAUCCAGGGACAUGGGACCAGUACCUGGAGGCUUUCAUGGCUGGCAAAGUGGCCUAUGGUUCUUGGUUUGACCAUGUGCGGGGCUACUGGGAGCGCCGCCAGGAGCACCCCAUCCUCUACCUCUUCUAUGAGGACAUGAAGGAGGAUCUCCACCGGGAGAUUGCCAAGGUGGCCCAGUUCUUGGGGCAGGAGCUGACGGAGGUGGCACUGGAGGCCACUGUCCAUCACACAUCCUUUGAAGCCAUGCGGGACAAUCCCAGCACCAACUACAGCACUGUACCCUCCCACCUCAUGGACCAUGGCGUCUCUCCCUUCAUGCGCAAAGGCAUCACUGGUGACUGGAAGAACCACUUCACCGUGGCCCAGAGUGCACACUUUGACCAGUACUAUGCGCAGAAGAUGGUGGGCACUGACCUGUGCUUUCGCACAGAAAUCUGAGGCUCACACACCUUCAGAUUUCUGCUUUUGCAAAAAUAAAAGUUUUACUUCUGCCUUC